AUGUUAAAAAGGAACUCUGGGCCCUCGUUUAAAACCAUCAAAACAGAAAUCUGCGACUCUGACAAGGGGAGGAGGGGUAACGCGAUACUAGCCAAUUUAACACUUGUUCCUGGCGAUCAUAUGGUGUCCCCCGCAUUUCUAGCGCCUCUCGGACGUCACGGCCGCGAUGGCGCCAAACUCGGCGGCAGCGGAGCAGACAGACGCGGAGCCUCCAGGAAGGCGACGAUCUGCUCCGUAUCCUCUUUCGCUCGUAGCUCUAUCCUUGUACCAGAAGGCGAGGCUUCUCAACGAUCAGAUACCGAGACUCGCGAGAUCCUGAGAACAAGCAAUAAUCCCUUGCGGAGCGAAUCAAUACUCCACCUUCGCAUAAUCAAUAUGGCGAGAAUCAGCAGGGUGAGGACUAUCUCAUUUAGCCACGAAGAGCAUCUGUAUUUUCCGAUUACCGAUCCUGCCGACUCGGGCCUGGAAUGGGCAGCAAGGCGCAAUCGAGACCCUUUGGGUCUCCCGAGUAGAUAUACGGGGAAAAGACUCCAGCCAAAUAUUUCGUGGCCUGAUCUUGGGCAACCCCAGAUGGACGAACGCUUCGUGAGCUAG